AUGCUUACUAUACCAAGUGGCCAAUUCUUUAUUGUUGACAAAUGGUAUAAAAAUAUUAUUAGUCAUAAAGUAUUUAUUAUUUGUUCAAUUGUCUUAGUUAUGUUUGCCUGUCAAGGUGAUACUCAUUUUUGUAUAUUUCAAAACCAUGAACAACAGUGGAUGAGUUUUAUUUCCCAUUCACAAAUUAAAGAAGGGUUUGAAUUUGGUCAGUUUAAAAUCACUACUUUUAGUAAGAAUGAUGAACUUAUGUCAUAUGAAGAAUUACAAAUACCAAAAAGUAUUGGUGAUAAGUUAAAUGAUUAUUCUGUAAUUGUGUGUCUUCAUAAUUGUGGUGCUUUAGCAAUAUGGUUUAUGGCAUUAUUUGUUAUGAUCUUUUAA